AUGGGAGACAACUUUCGCAAAGUGUGGUCCAUUCCUCAGCAGAGGAAAUGGAAGUCAGCGGAUGCAGUUUUUCAACUCAGCAAAAGCGAAAUGCGAAAUCAGAGUCCUGAGGAUAUCCUUUGCGAGGCUCUGCACUUCUUCUACCAGCCCCCGCCGCCUAUUUCGUGGGUUCCGCCGUUGGUCGGCAUGCGGUGGAGUAAUGACUCCAUUCAGUCAGACAGUUCAUCCGGAUCGGCGGAUGUGUACGAGCUAUUCUUCCCGAGCAACUUGCCCCGACGCCUGCAGGAAGCCGAAGCGAGGAGUCUUCCAAUCCAUAGUCUUCUUGACUUACUCUCUGACGACGACGACAGCAUCCACGACAAGGACAUGCCUCGAAUGUGUUGUGUGCCACUUUGUUCUUCCAACUAUAGAUCCCAGGGAGGGCCUACUGUUACAACGUUUGCUUUCCCCAAAAAUGUAGAUCGGAGAGAAUUGUGGCUUAAAUGUAUUCCAAGAGAAAAUUUUGUUCCUGGAAAUUCUGCAGCUGUGUGUAUUAAACAUUUUAAGGAAGAGUACAUUGUUCGAGAAGUUUCUGCCACUAGGGAUGAUGGUACAAUUUUAGUUGUUCGUCGAGAUAGGCCAAAAUUAUCUGAAGACGCCUAUCCAUCAAUAUUUGAAGAUACUAGUAAAACUUGCAAUCGUAGAAAAAAACUUCCCAUUAGAAGAGGAAGAGGGACCACAACAAAAAAUGAAGAAGAUGUGAUAGAUGAACCACCUCCAUCCACUCCACCAAAGACUGAACCCACUCUGAUUGACAUAGAGAUUUCAACCCCCUCGCCAUCUGAGAAGCAACUAAAGAGAGAGAAGUCAGACACAGAGCAGACCCCUAAGUUAUUGGAGCCUGAUGUGACAAUACAAGAGGAGACAACACAAGGUGAAAGCUCUUACACUAUUUCUGUGUGAGGCGCGUCGGCGGUGGUGACGUGCGACGGCGGGCGCGUGUACAAGACGGUGAUCCACACGGGGCAGGCGCUGUACUCGUGCGAGCUGUGCCCCGCGCUCUUCACCAGCUACUUCCACCUGGAGGAGCACGAGCGGGUGCACCCGGACCCGCGGCCCGCGCCCGCGCCCCACUCGGAAGUUGUGCAUGGCUACGCGUAUUUCGCAGGGCGGCCGGCAGCCGCGGCGGCGCUGGAGUGCCCCGUGUGCCAGGAGCGGCUGGCGUCGGCGGCAGCGCUGCGCGCGCACCGCCGCUCCCACGCCGGCGGCGCCAAGCGGCACUGCUGCGACGCGUGCGGCAAGUGCUUCGCGCGCGCGUCGAAGCUGCGCGUGCACCAGCGCGUGCACACCAACGAGCGGCCGUUCGCCUGCGACACGUGCGGCGCGCGCUUCACGCAGCGCGGCAACCUCAACAUCCACCGGCGCACGCACUCGGGCGAGCGGCCCUUCCGCUGCGACGCGUGCGGCGCCGCCUUCAUGCAGCCCGCGCACCUCAAGGUGCAUCAGCGUCGCCACACCGGAGAGCGCCCUUAUGCAUGUGGGCUGUGCCCUGCCACCUUCAGCCACCAGGGCACGUUGAAUGUGCACAAGCGCCGGCAUGCGGGCAAGCGACCCUUCCUGUGCGAGGCUUGUGGUGUUGCGUUCAUCACACUCUCUGAGCUGAAGACACACAAGCGGCGUCACACAGGCGAGCAGCCCUACCGCUGUGAGGUGUGCGGCGCUGCCUUCACUCAGGUGGGCAGCCUCAACACACACCGCCGAAGACACAACGUCACUCCUGCAACCCUGUAGUUCUUCUUCACUUUUUGAAUGGAAUGGAACCAGCACUGCGAAUUGGCAUUGCCACCAGAACAGUCUUGUCAGCCCUUAGUUCCUAUUCCUUUCUUCUCAUAUGAUCUGGAACCAACAACCUCAUGUCCGCCACAACUCACUUGGGCUCUUAACUGUAACAGUAUUUUAAGCAUCUGUUCUUGUUUGCUUUCUUUUCAUAUGUUCUCAAACAUAAUGUCCAAACUAUUUCAAACAUCUGUUCUUUUUUACUUUCUUUUCAUAUGUAUGAAUUUCACAUCAUUUCGUAGUCAGACAUUACUUUGUCAACUCAGUGUGUGUCAACUUCAUGCUUCAUGAACGACCAGUGGUCUGUGGGGUUGAAACCAUGAGCAGCUCUGGCUGUGCUUCCUCAUGGACAUAAGUUUAGAAACCUUAGUCUCCAGAACUAACUAACAUGCCUCCACAACACAUUGCUGGCCCCCUCAGACGAGACUCCAUCUGCUCAAUCUCCACAACAAAAGACUCCAAAGCCCCACCAAUCCCAUCACCAACUCUUGCCAGAAAGCCUUUUACUCCACAUGCCAUCUCCAUUCCCUUCCUAAAGAUCCACUUCCAUUACUUUAAACUAACAACUUAAUACCCGACCACAAAUAGAACCAUAUCUUCAUUUCAACCACAGACAUUAUUGACACUUAGAACUCAAUCAAAGAUAUAUAGAAGACCACCACUUAAAAACUGUAUGCACUCUUCACAAAGGACAAUUCAGUCAUCUCUCCAGAACCAUGACUGCAUGUCAAGUUGGACUGCCAGACUCAUCGAACUCCAGACACACACCAACCUUUAACUUCUUUUCUUCUUUGCCCCACCAGUUUUUAUUGUAGCACCUAGAGAUGUGCUACAAACUUUGUCCUCAGAGGUCUUCUGUCCAAAGCAAAACUACAAAACAUAAGAAGCAAAUGAUAGAUGAAAAGGUUAACUGCUCUCAUGAGACUAAAAUACUAUGAGAAAACUGUUACAAAACUCACCUUGAACUGUAUGGCAGCAUCCACACCCCUAUGUCACCAUGCAGGAUGCUGACCAUAUACAGAACUCACCUUCAGCAAUUGCACCAAAUAGGAGAUCCAUAGAUCCCUCUGUCAAAACAGCAAGUUUACUUAUCUAGAUGUGUACCAAUGGGCAAAUAACGGAAAGGUGUUAAACCCAUGAUAGGUUUGCAACAAACAAAUAUAUUUACAUUUAAAAUAGAAUUAUGCCCGGAGACCUGAGACUACUGCCUUUCUAGCCCCAAUUAUAACCACUUAGUCUGUCCCAAUUCUUAAACCUCAAACCAUGUCUCAGACACCACAAUCGCAACAUUGCACAUCCUGAUAUUCACAACUGCAACAUACCAAAUCCUAAAAGAACUAUUUUCUCUACUGCUAUUCUUCAAACAUAAAAGACUCCUUACAAACAAUAUAUCUGUCUCCUCCUUGACAAUCUUAAUGACAGAGAUUGCACUACAAAAGCAAUUAAAGUCAUUAGUAUCCUGAAUUAAAUGGUUUCUUCUAUUUCUUAAACCUUUCCUCAUGGAAUGCCCAAGGCAGUUAGAGUGAGAAGAAAACCCUCCUAAUCUAAUUUAUUUAUUUCAUUUUAUUUAGCAAUUAAAUGGAAAAUUAGUCCAAAUAUGAUAAAAAAAGAAUAUUAUUACCGAAGUAGAAGAAUGCAAUGUUGACUACAAAGCAUAACCGAAAUACAGAAUAAACACUAUUCAUGUUGUUUAAGUAUUACUGUAGGUCAACAAAAACUUCAUUGAGUGAUUUAAAAAUAUCGAUAUUAAAUGCAAUAACAAGAUUGCGCAUUUUAUUUGUCUGGUUGUUGUCUAUGUAAUUGAAGUUAUAAAUAGAUGAAAAGAUAUUAUUUUAUCUUGUACUAAUUUUAUUGGGAAUAUCAAACUGUAAUUGAGCCAAAAUAUCAGGACAGUCAAUAUUUCUAAUUAUAAAGGUCAAAACAGUAAAGAAAAGAAACUUUUUUGGGAGGGGGAAUAGUAUUAAAGUGCCUAGUUUUGAAGCAAAAUGUCAGAAUUUAAAAAAAAUUACCUUUGAAAUGUUUUGAUAAAAAUUUGAUACGUUCAUCCUCAUAGAUGGUUGAUAUAUCAGUGAAAUCAGUGAUGUAUGGGGUGAGUGAUGAAGGGUUUCUGAUAUAUGUGUCAGUUAAAUAACUGAAGAAUUUAAGCUGAACACUUUUUACCCAUUUAAUAUAAAAAAUAUAGGAGACCAAACACUUGAUGCAUACAUGAGUGUGGGUUUAACUAAAUGAAGGUAUAAAUUUCUCAAGAUUUGGAAAGAAUUGAGUGUUUCCCAAAAGAAAACUCCAAAGGUAUCCAUCCUUUUACUAGAGACCUAAGUCGAAUCUAACAUCUCAGACGACCUCAACUACUGCCCUACUACAAGGUUACCUACUGAAACCUCAAAUCUCACUGCCUCUGACCUAACAAUCCUCUUGAAACUUCCGUACACCUUUAUCCUUGUAGACCACCUCAACAGCAAAUACAAUGGGAAUGCAUAUCCACCAAUUGAAAUGGACUCAUACUAGAGCCCUUCGUUGGCAACCAACCAUCUGCCUUGUCCUUGCUAAAACGUCGACAAAAUUAUCUUUUUCAGUCGCACCCUACUUCUUGAUUCUAUCAUCAUCCAAACACAAUUUGGUCUCUGAGAGGGCUGCUCAGAGGCCCUGCAAUUUGUAAGCCACCCGCUCAGAGUUAAAAGGAAACAGCUACAUCAUUCAACUGCAGAAUGACCCUCUAUAGUUUCAACUUGUAGACCUUGGAGCAUUCUGUAAUAGACCCAUCCAAAUCUCAAGCAACCCUGAUCUCUUACUGAAUAGCUGCAUCCAAUUGUCCAUUCUUAUCAAUAGUGCUAAUACCUAUUCCAUGGAAAAGUCAUAUCAAAUAUCUUUGUUUUACCUUCUUCUAAACAUUCCUUUGUUCCCAACACAUCUAACUAACUUCCAUAAAAGCCUACCACUUAACAAAUUAUCUAUUCCAACUCUUCUCCCACACAAUCAAGAAAAAUAUCAUCUUUAACGCUUACAGCUGGCCUAUCGUAACACCCACCACUCCUCCCAAACAAAACCUGAAUAAAAACAUCAUAAUCAUUCAUGAUUAUGAUUCCAUGAAAGCCCACACCCCCUCACCCAUAUUCAUUAACCAGUAACCACCUACAUCUAGAACUACUCAAUCAAUCCGUUUUAGAAAACCUAAUAAAUUUCCACCACCAUAUCCUCAAAAAUCCACCCAGUUAAGCCCAUAAAAAGCAUUCCCUUCAUGCCUUGCACUUUAAUUCUUUUUCCCAUGUAAUAAAAAUCAAGAGGGCAGAUUGGAACAAGAAAACAGACCACAACUAAUUAUCAGGCCAAAAGACUCACUUCAAAAACACAACCCGCACUGCUAUUAGCAGUAUCGUCUCAUCCCAGAACCUACCUUAUUCCAAGUCAACCAUAAUUCAUCUCUUGCCCCUUCCUGAGCAUUCACAGAUACUAAUAAAAAAAAAUAAAAAAAUCUCACCAACUUAUGUAGUAUCCAAAUCCUAGUAAUGAAGACAGGUGUUCUCUCAGUAACAGCGUGAUGUAAGAAGCAAUUCGACAUCUUUACUUUACUUCAAUUCAGAUUUGUUGCAAUUCACCCCACGUUAUGGUACUUUCCUCUUUAAACCCUGCAAUGUAUCUAUUCUUAUCCACACAAUGAAAGUCACAAUUUAAUUCUAUCACCCACCUAUGUUUCUUGUGAAUAUCCUGUCACCGGUGGAAUUCCAACACUGGCCUUCCCUUGAAACCACCUACCAACCAACAAUGCCUUAGGUAUUCUCCUCCUCCAAGAGACUUGUCUGUAAUCCCACUUUUCCUUCAGCAACCCAAAUUGCCAUCUAACUUGCAUCAUAACAUAAAGCCUCAUGUACCAUAAAUGCAGAAUUGGUGUAGAUUCUUUAAAUCUAAAAAAUUUAACUAUGGUGUUUAGACGUGCUUCCUUCACUCAUUGCUGAGUGCCAAUCAAACAUCUUUUGUGAGAAAAAAUUACUAUAGUGCUCUGGACAGCUUAAUGUUUGUCUUUGAAGAAAGAAUUAAUAGGAGACAACUGUAAAAGCCUUUUAUUUCUGUGCUCCUACACCUCCAACAGACAGAAUAGGGCAUACAAAGAAAUGAGAAUGCAAGUCAUGGGAAGAAAUAUUUUAUCGGUAAAAGUGAAUCUUGCUUUUUGUAAGAUAAAAGUAGAAAUUAUUGUUCAAAUAUUUUUAACAUCCAUUUCUCAUUGUGAAGGAAACAAAGUAUUUCAACUUCGACAUUCAUAUAGUUGAUAGACAAUGCUGUGCUGUGGACUAUGAAACACGAACAAGCAAAUAAAAUACAUUGCAUUUGAUUUUAAAAGCUGAAAUUAAUAAAACAAUCAAAAAGACAAUGUUUUUUCAAUGCCAAUUUUUGAAUCUUAAAAAAAUUGUUUUCAGUCAUUUGUUCCUGUUGCUCUGAAUAAUGGAAAAGUUUUUGGAAACUUUGAUCUAUUUUACUUUUCUUUGUAUGCAAAUUAAUUCUGAAAAUAAUUUGUUUUGUGAUUUGACAGUGAAAUUUGUAAUUGAUUUUCAAUUGCCUUUUUGUUCAGUAACAUUUGUUUGGAGUGCUAUUGUUCAUUUGAAUUAAUUUUUUUUUUAAUUUGAGAGAAUUUGAAUUGAAUUAAUGUCAUGUAUUUGUGAACAGAUGAAUUUUUAUUGUUGCCCUGUGCAGUAAGAUUUUUUAAACAAAUGUGACCUACAUAUCACAGAUAAUAUUUUUACCGAUUUAUUUAUUAAGAUUUUUAGAAGUUUAUGAAAGAGUUUUUAUACAGCAGUUUUGUUUUUUCUCACGUAACUGUAGGCUAAAUACUCUUGUAAGGUGCUGUUUAGAAUGUGAGAUAAACAUGUGUUCUACUUUGUAUAUAUUGUAUGAGUUACUGUUGUACCUGCAUGUAAUUAAUAUACUGAAAAUAUAUUAAAUUUGCUUCAAUGAUUUCUUUUAUAUUUAAAUAUAACUUUUACUCAUGAAUAAAAUGAGUUUCUUGGAAACCUUGUGCAAAACAAAUACUUCAGUAUUGAUUUCUUCAUUAACAAGACAGUGAAUGUGAUCUUCACCUUUUGUGAACUGAACUAAACAUGAAAUGUUAUCUAUGUACCAAAGGUGUUACGGUUUCUAACGAUCAUGUAGUGACAAGAAUUCUGGGGACCUUUGGCCCAUGAUCAUUAGAACCAGUGAAAGUCAAUGGUUCGUACAAGAUAUUGAUUUACCUUAAUUUAAUGAUUCAGAUUUACAUCUUUACUAAUUAACUAGAUGUUAACUUGACUCGGUUUGGCUUUUCAUAUUUCCGUCCCAAAAUUCCCGCAAUAAGAGAUCACUUGGUAUCAUUCAACAGUUUUCAUGUUUCCAUGGUAACCAAGAUCCAGUUCCAGUAACAUUUAUAUUGAGCACCGUAUCGAAGACA